AUGAAUAGAUCUCAAGAGAGAGUUGAGAUUGAACAAGGAUGUAUAACACUGUCUGCAAAGUAGAGAAGUACAGUGAGUACAGGGGACAUGCAAUGGACAGUACUACUACCUGUAAAAUGUGGGACUAAAAGUGACGAGACCAGGACGAACCAAAGCUUAGCUCCUGCCAGUCGGGAAGGAUGUGGUCUCAUGUUGUUGGCUUUUCCAUCUUCCCUCAUAUCGGGGGAUUUCUCGGCUGGUUCUUCAACCGCAAUUCAGUGCCUACUUGGUAUGAAAAUCUGAAGAAACCCUCUUGGUGCCCACCCAACCAGAUGUUCCCCAUUGCUUGGACUCUCUUGUACACAGGAAUGGGCUAUGGCUCGUUCCUGAUUUGGAAAGAUGUAGGUGGCUUCAACAGCAAAGCCAUCAUCCCACUAGGCCUCUUUGGGGCUCAGCUCGCUUUGAACUGGGCAUGGCCUCCCUUGUUCUUUGGCAUUCAUAAUCUCAGACUGGCUCUGCUGGACAUCCUGUGCCUGGAUGGCUUAGUGGUAGCUACCAUGUACUCUUGGUACCCCAUUAACAAGUUGGCAACAAUGCUGAUGGUGCCUUACCUGGCUUGGCUGGCCAUGGCUACUUGUCUCACCUACGUCAUCUGGAUGGAUAACCCUGAGAAGAAACCAAGAAAAAAAGAAUAAGAGAUGGGAGUUGUGCAAGUGAAGUCAUUCUGUCAUUCAUCCUGAAGUGGGGAAUCAAGAUCUGAUCACUUGAAGUCUAUUAGUUUUCAGAUAGUAGGCCUGUGCAAAGCAGCUAGUAUUCACUUCGGAUUCAGAUUCAGCCGAUUUAGGGGACAGUGAUUCGAUUUGGUGAUUUAAAUCACUGUCCUGAUUCAAUUCUGCUG